AUGUCGUCCGUCAACCGCUAUAACCUUGCCGUGGUACUAUUUGUGGCGCUUGGUUCUUACACUUAUGGGUUCAAUUCGUCCAUUAUUGCCUCUGUGACGGGUCUGCCCUCCUUCUAUGCCUUCUUUGGCCUAACCAAGUCCGGUCCCAAUGCGUCAUGGAGUACCCAGAUGAUUGGAGCCAUGAACAGUAUCUACUGCGCUGGAGGUCUGUUUGGUUGCUUCGCCCUCGGCUGGCUUGCCGACAAAAUCGGUCGUCGCCGAUCGAUCCAGGUCGUUUGUGUCCUCUGUCUCAUCGCAACCAUCAUCACGACCGCAAGCACGAACCUGGCCAUGUUCCUGGUUGGCCGAGGCAUCCAAGGCUUCUCGUCCGGCAUGAUUGACACUAUCUGCCCUCUUUAUCAGUCCGAGAUUGCCCCUGCACAUGCUCGUGGUCGCAUGGUCGGCUCCCAUGCAUUCCUGCUCGUUUGUGGUUAUGCCGGCGCAAGUUGGGUUGGUCUUGGGUGCUACUUUGAGAGAAACCCUGACGUUCAAUGGCGACUCUGCAUGGCAUUUCAACUCCUUGCCCCACUACUUCUCCUUAUCGGUACUCCUUGGCUGCCUGAGUCUCCUCGUUUCCUCGUCUACCAGGGUCGCGACGAUGAAGGGCUCUCUGUACUCAAGAAGCUCCACAACAAAGCCAGCGAUCCCACACACGGCAUCGCGGAGCUUGAGUUCAUUCAGAUCAAGCAGCAGGUUACCAACGACCGCUGCAACGAGCUCAGCUGGAUCGGGCUCUGGAAGACGCCGGCCACCAGAAAGCGACUCUUGAUGGGUUUCUUCGUCAUUGCCGCGGCCCAGAGCAGUGGUGUCCUCGUCAUCAACAACUACCAGAUCAUCCUGUACGAGGGCCUGGGUAUUACCGGAUACAAGGCUCUGCUAUUGCUCGGUGUCUACACCUCCUGGGCCGCCUUCAUGAAUUGGGUCAAUGCUGUACUCCUCGACCGUGUUGGCCGGAUAAAGCUCAUGGUGGCCGGUAUGUCCCUUGCUGCUAUCGCUGUGGCCUGCGAGGCAGCCAUGGUGGCCGAAUUUGCCGGCACUGCCAACGCUGUUGGCAACGGAUUUGGAGUCCUUUUCAUGUUCCUUUUCAUCACCUUUUUUGCUGGUGGCAUGGAUGCUUCCUGCUAUGUCUAUCUUUCUGAGAUUUUUCCCACCUGGAUGCGCGCCCAGGGCGUCUCCUUUUCAGUGGCCGGCCUUUUCACCACCACUCUCAUCUACACCGGUUCGGCCUCAACAGCAUUUGCUUCAAUUGGCUGGAGAUACUACCUUGUCUUCGUCUUUGUCCCUCUAGCCUGCGUUGUGAUCAUCUGGUUUUGGCUCCCUGAGACAAAUGGAUUAUCGCUAGAAGAGAUUGGCAGACUAUUUGGCGACGACGUCGUUCUGGGCUCGGAUGUUAUGGCACAGCUAGAUGCCGAGAGUGGUGUCGAAAAUAAGAAUAUCUCAGGGGGAAUUGAUAUAGCGGCAUGA